AAUGAAAAUUAGAUACUCUGCAUCCAGGACAUUUACAUACACCUAUCCUUCCCUUUCCCCAAUCCCAAAAAAUCCAAAUCACUAAUCCCUAAAACGUCGGCAACGCACUCGUAACUCCUCCCUUGUUGCUAGUGUCCAUGGGCGGCGUUGAUUGCUUACCAUCAGCUCAAGCCGGUCAGAAUGUGACAAUCAUAGACAUCAACUCGGAACUGCUUGAAAAGGCCCAGAAAUCCAUUCAAACUAAUCUUACUAGAGUCGGUAAGAAGUUGUACAAGGGUGAUGAAGCCAAGAUUGCCAGCUUCGUGAAGGAGUCGGCUGAGAGAAUUCGAGUGUCUACCAAGCUAGAAGAUGGGGCCGAUGUGGACCUGAUCGUGGAAGCUAUUGUGGAGAAACUUGACGUAAAGCAGGAGCUGUUCAAUAAACUUGAUGUGCUGUCGCCACCGCGCACGAUCUUCGCUACCAACACUUCCUGCAUCUCCGUGAACGCCAUCGGAGCUGGAAUUCAAAGGAAAGAUCGUUACGGGGGUCUUCACUUCUUCAACCCAGUUCCUGUGAUGAAACUGUUAGAAGUUAUAAAAUGCGAUAGCACAUCCGAGGAAACCUACCAGACUAUGAUGGAAUGGGGCAAGUCGGUCGGCAAGACUUGCAUCACCUGCAAGGACACGCCCGGGUUCGUGGUCAACAGGCUCCUUGGACCGUAUUCCGCUGAAGCUAUCAGAAUGCUUGAAAGAGGUGACGCUUCAGCCGAAGAUAUUGAUAUAGCCAUGAAAUUGGGCGCCGGCUACCCUAUGGGUCCUUUAGAACUGGCCGACUUUACAGGGCUUGACACAAAGAAAUUCGUCCUAGGUGUCAUGCACGAAAAAACUGGGCUCCCGGCCUUUGAGCCAAUACCUCUCCUUAACAAACUCGUCAGCGAAGGAAAGUUUGGACGGAAAACUGGGGAGGGUUUCUAUAAAUAUGAUAAAUGAUGAUCUCUGUGAAUUAUGAAAAUGAAAUCUG